AUGGUGACUCUUUCUUAUACGCCGACUCAUACCACGGCACCUUCAGACGAUGAUGGAAAAUGUGAGCUCAUAGGCACGUUUUCUUUAUUUACACAAGCUGUGCUUGGUCUACUUUGUAUCUCGAGUCUAAUUGUCAAACGGUUUUAUGAGUAUCCAAUACGACGAACUUGGCCUGUAUGGACGUUUGACGUGAGCAAGCAGUUAAUUGGAGCUUUAGGUGUACAUGUUUUCAAUGUGAUUUUGUCUAUGCUCAAGACUGCACCUGAGGUGACCAUGUGGAUGUUGGAGAAGAGGAGGAGAGCAGGUGGAGGAGAUGACAGCAGUGAUAACGAUGAUCCUUGUGAUUGGUAUUUUUUGAGCAUUGUUUUGGACUGCACUAUUGGAGUUUAUAUCUUAUACUUGGUUUUCCGAAGUAUCACCCAUAUACUAAAGAGCUACUUUGGCGUCCUGCACAUUGAUAGUGGUGAAUAUGGAAACGUCAAUCAUCCUAGCUUCACGGCGUUUUGUAAGCAAUUAGCGGUUUAUUUCAGUUCCUUAAUGAUUACCAAGUUCAUUCUUUAUGGAUUUGUUGAGAUUUUUGAGAGGCAAUUGUUGUGGAUAACAUCACACAUUUUAUUAGCAUGGCUAGAUGAAUUUCCCGAAGAGUUUGAAAUAUUGAUGGUUAUGUUUGUUAUACCUAUAAUUUUGAACUGUUUGCAGCUAAUAUUGAUUGAUAAUUUCAUUAGAAAUCAAAUGUGGGCCAAUAGCAACAAAUUGUUGAAGUUUAGAUUUCCUGAUUGGGACGACGAGACUGAGAGUGUAAGAAGGAGAGAAAUUGAAGAAGUUUUACAAGAAGAGGAACGAAUUGAAGCCUCAAAGAAUGGGAACGACCUAGAAAGAGGAGACACAUCAGGAGAAACGUCUCCUUUGCCUCACAAGGGGUAUGGAUCGGCUGACGAAUGA